AUGUCGUCUUCGGUCGUCACCGCGUCGUUCGGGACGCACGCCGCGAGCGUCGCCGCGCACUUUUGGAACGUGCGAGAGGAUGACUCGGAUGAAAACGAUGAGGUCGAUUGGAACGUCGACCACGCCGAGCGCGCGCGCGUGAACGAGGGCUCGACGUCGAUCUCGUACGUCCCGAGAUGGGUCGCGUUCGACGCGCGAUCGCUCAGAGGGAAAACGACGGCGACGGGGUUGUCGAGCGGUGACGCGGCGGCGGCGGCGGCGGCGGCGUGGAGCGGCGCGUGGACGGUGACGCGCGCGCCGCCGACGCGCAGGAGCGCGUACGCGCGAGCGCUCGAGCGCGAGGCGAAGGCGUUGAAGAGUGAAAGCGCGUUGCGGGCUUUGGUGGGAGACGAGGAUGAGGAGGAUGGGCGGUCUCGGAGUAAGCUCGGCGUCGUCGGCCGAGCGCUAGAGCUGCGAGCGUCUGGAGGCGUCGCGGCGGAUCCGUUAGAUGACAUGGAGGACGUCUCUCGGGCGUUGAUCGAAGCGGCUGAGAAAUUGGACGUCGACGCCGAGCAUUGGAGCGAUUAUCUCAAGGUUGAGCUGUGCGAGCGAAACGAGUUUGCCUUGGCGGGAAAGUGGACCGGCAUCAAUGCCUUCGAUGGUUUCGGCGAAGGGACGGAUUGGAUAGAGAGUGAGGACCGAAGGGAGGACGUGCGGGACGCGAUUCGCUAUUGGGUGGAAGGAUGUGAUGUUUUAGGUGGGUUUAGAAUUCUGUGUGACGAUUUGAGCGGGUUCGGGGGAGUGUGCGCAAAGGCUCUUGAGGACGUUCGAGACGAUUACAACCAUCGAACCGUGUUUGUCUUCUCGACUCGACCGCCAGCGAAGAAGGAGCGUAAGCGCAUGGACAUGCUCAACGCCGCGUUUGCAGCGACUUCGCUCGCUGCGUCGAGUGACUUGUAUUGUCCACUCGCCGCGUGCGAUGACUAUUCCCCGACGCUUCGAGUACACGAAGACAGUUGGUUUCACGCGUCUGCCGUCUGCGCGCUUGCAAUCGAGGGCAUAACCACCCCGUGGCGGCUCAAGCGGGAUGUCAGCGGAGCUUCGAACAUACAUGAGAUGUGCAAAUUCAUGACAGCUCGAGCUCCCGGACCUUUCGCGUCCGUGAAGACAUCGGUGCCGGCACCUGGGAUUCGAGGCGCCAGCGACGCCGACACACUGCUCGAUUCGAUGCGCUUCGUUAGUCCGGGCGUGCGAGCACCCGACGGGGAAGAUGACGCUCCGUUCUCGGAAUUUUUCAUCGCGCGAGGUCUCUCGACGGACUCCACCGUCGUCGCGUCCACGAUCGACGCGAUGACCUCUCGAGAGCUCUAUCGAUGUCCUCGUCGGCGAUGCGUCGUGACUACCGAGGUCCCAAUCCCGCUCCCUUUCCCGAGAAUAUUCCCCUCUGGCCGACCGAGCUCGGUGCGCUCGCUAACCAGACUCACCACGAGCUCGAGCACCACGAGAGAUCUCACGCGGAUUCACACAGAUUUCGCUCGUGCGUCUAUGUCGUCUGUCGGCAAGACCAUCUUGGCCCAGUGGUCGUGCGACGCCGUAGAGCGCGCCGAGAUCGUCGAAAACCUCUGCACCCGCGCCCGCGCCUACGCCGGUGACGACGACGCGGAUGAUUUUUAG